AUGUAACCUAAUGUUUAUAUGAAUGAAAUCAGGAAGGAGAAGGAGUGGCUAGCAAAUUAAAGAUAAGAAAUUCUUCAGAAAAAAGAAUAAAAUAAAUUGCCUAAUGGAGAAUUCGAAUUUAAACCACCGAAGACAAUUGAAGAUUAACUCGAGGAAUUAUAGCAAUAAUGCUUAAUGGGUCUUUAUGAUAAGAAAAUCACAAUUAAAGGAUAUAAGGGAACUUUCAAAUUGGAACAUUGGAAAAUGAUUGAAUUACGUUAAAGAGGCAACUCUUCGAUAUAAUAAAUAAGAUUCAUAGACACGAAGCUGGAAAAAGAAAAUUUAAUGAUACUACCUUUGUGGUUUAGUUGGGUGAAGCCUCAGAAUCUAGUUAUUGAAUUUUAACAUAAUGAAUUAGAUGAUUAAUGUGUUGAAGAAUUCAUUUUUUAAAUUUUCGAAAGAAAUAUCAAUUUAUAAAAAGUAAAACAUAGAAAAACUAUUGAUUAGAUGUUUUUAAUAAGUAAUCCUGGUGUUUAUAAGGGGUUUCUGCUUAGAAAAUUAAAACAUUAUUUGGUCAAAAAGUACGAGAACAACAUGGACUACUAUUAUUUGUUAUUAAAAAACAAAUCCAAAUUAUCAUUUGCGAUCAUAAAAAUAUAUCGGAAUUGGCAAGUGCAAAAAAUAAGGGAAGAAAGAGAACUAGCAAUGAAGAAAAUAGAUCAAACAUAUUAUUUUAGUUUUAAUUUAUCCAAUUGUUUUACUCAAAUUAAUUGGAAAGGCUUUGAACAUCUAAUAAAAUGCACUUAUAGCUUUGACAAUUUAGAGCAAAUAUCAUCUUUAGAUAUAUCUGACAAUUAUCUAGGUACUUAAAGCAGUUUCAAUAAUGCAUGCCAGAAUUUAGCUACAGCUAAAGGACUGGUAACAUUGAAACUCAAAAACCAACCACUGUUUCACAACACUACAGCCAUACAAUAACUGAUUGGAGACAGAUAUGAUAGUCUGAGAAUCAAUCAUUUAGAUAUAUCAGAUAAUUCAGAUAUUUUUGAAAAGGCCUUUUAACUAUUGGCUGAUGACAUAUUUUUGGAAUGUAAAACUAUCAAUCUAAACAACUCAUUAACUGAGAAUAAUAGCACUCUCUAUAAGUUGUCCAUUUUGAUCUAAGCCUUUGAAAGGUAGAAUAAUAUAUUUGAGGCUUAGGAAAAGUCUUAGAAGUCUAGAAAAUAUAAGUAUAAAAGUAAAUUGCAAUCUUUAGACUUGUCAAAGGUUGAAAAUUUUAAUAGAUAUGAUUAAAUUGAGGUGUUAUUGAAAACAGUGGUUUUUUCUGAAUACAGUAAUGUUAGGACACACACAAUAUAAAAUUUGGAUGUGGGAAGAACUGAAAUUUAUUGUAAAGCUUUGAAUUAAUUUUAAUCUGACUUCGUUUUGAGAAAAUCCAAAAUUCCUAAAUAUAAAGAUUUCAAAUUGAAUUUAAAACAUCUAGUUUUAAUAGACACAGAACAAGAAUACACAAUGAAGACUGAUGUUUUGAAGCAGUUCUUUUUGGAUUACCUUUUCACAAAAGAGAAGUCACUUCUCCAAAUUGAGAGUUUUAAAUUUAUUAAAAGUUUUACUAAGAAAAAUAGGAAAGAAGCUUUCAAGUUAGCUGCAGCUUAUAUAUUGGAAGCUGUCCACAAGAAUCCAAAUCUAUAAUUUUCGAUAAAUGACUUGAAGUUUUUUUCGGCUUAAUUGGAAUUAGAUUUGUAAACAUUUAAAUGUUUGUUACUAAUUCCAAAUAUAAAAUUGAGGGUUUUUAAAUAUUUUAAAGACUCCAUGAAAGGUGAUGGCAAUAUAUAUUUAAAUGAACUUGGAGGAUUUCUUUAUUCUUAGCCCGAAUCCUUUGUCCACAGUUUAUAAAUCUUAAAAUUAGAUACUAUAACUGGAAUAUCUUUCGACGUAAGCAAAUUGAUCAAGCUCUUAAUUUAUUGUCCUAAACUCUAAAUCAAAGAAUUUCAUUUUUAUAAGAUCAAACUCACCAAAUCCAGCUUAUCAGCCAGAGAACUAGAGUUACACCUCUAAAAUUCUGUUGAUCCAAAUAGAAUCAUUGGAUUAAGAAGUUUGAAAUUUGGUGAUUUCUAAGAAGCAGGAGAGGAGGAGUUCUUUAAAUACAUAGUCUUCAGUAAGCUCAUUAGAUUGAAAGAAUUGAUAUUAAAGAAUAUCGACUUUAAUCAAUUGAUUCAAAAUCUAUAAGCAUCAAUAAUACCAAAGAACAUCAAUCCCUUAGAAGAACUACAAAUUUUAGAAUUCGAGGAUAUCUAUGUGUAAUAGAAAGAAUUGUGGAAUUAGCUUUCUAAAAUAUUUAUAUUUUAAAACAAAAGGUUGGUUUCACUCACAUAUAACUCAAUUAAUGUUGAUAUAAAUUUCAAUUUAGGCAUGACUUAAUCAGCCGCAUAAUAUAUUUCUUAAGCCAAAUCCUCUCAGGAGAAGGAAGACUUCCUUUUACCAAUUACAGAAUUAAAAUUUAUUGAAUGUAAUUUAAACAGUGAUUUUUUAUCCUAUUUCUUUCCCAUUGCUAAAAUAGAAAAAUUAGAGAUUGUAAAAUGCAAAAAUGUCUAAACAGCUAUGCUUAAAGUUAGAGAAAAUUACAUUGAUGAAAUUAAUUAGUUUGCUUUAAAAUAAUUCACUUUGAAGAAUUGUGAAUUAACAGAUAUGAAUUUAUUUGAAUGGAUGGUCAAUUAUUUAAUUUUGAAUAUAGAAAGAUAAUAACUUGACACUUUAAAUUUGAUCCAUUGUAAUUUAAAUGAUGAUAUGAUUAUUAUUAUUUGCAAAUAAUUACAACAAAUCACAAGCAAAAUAUUCCAAUAUAAAAGAAUUUUCUCUUUGAGAUAGAUUAAUUUUUCUCAAAAUGAUAAAAUCAAAGAAUUGUAAUGGAUCAAUUUAUUUAAUACUAUUUUGAAUUAAAAUUAAACCAUGCAAUAUGAAUUAGUAGCCCAAGAUUCACUUCGAAAAGAUGAAGUCAAUGUCUUAAUCAAUGAAAAUUUAUUGUUUGUUGAUUAAACACUUCUGAAUUUAAAAUAAAAAUUGUACUACAAUCAUAAAAUUUUCAAACCCAACUUUCCAAAAUAACUCAAGAAAUUAGAGAUUGAUUUAGGAUUGAUUAACCAAUUUAAGAACUAGAAUAAUGACUUAUAUUAAAGGAUCAUUACUGGGUUUAUUAUCUAUCCUGAAAGUUAAUUGAAAAAAUUAAAACUGUCUAAUGUAGAUUUGGAUCUAUUUAUGCUAUGUUGUAACAAUAGCAUUGAAUUCUCUUAGAAGUAUUUGGAAUUAUCUUUGACGAGUACACAGAAAUAGCAAUUUAUCAAUAUCGAAUAAAUACAUAUACACUAAGUAACGACAUAAAGUAGAAUAAGCAUUGAAUAAUUCUUUAAGCUGUUUCUAUUUAAUCAUUAAGUGAAUUUGAAGAAAUUAUCUAUUCAUGGUUUUAGAGAAUAAUUUUUAUAGAUUUUUCUCAAUUUAAGUGAAUGCAGAACCAACUAUGUUCUAGAGGAGGUGUCCUUUGAGAAUUGUGAAGAUAAGUUAAACGAAUCAUAAACUCAAAGGUUCAUUGAAUAAUUAAUUGUCGGGAAGGUAUUUCCAAUUAAGAAAAUAACCAUCCCCAAAGGAGUAAUAUUUGAUUAAAUAAAAUAAUUCGAUCUGAAUCAAGCAAAUGAUUGUAAAAUUGAAAAAAUAAAACUGUCAAUUGAGGAUAAGGGCAGAAACCAUAUGUCAACUAUAUAUAAGAUUUUCUCCUUGUUAUUUUGUUAAUUGUCAAAUUUAAAGAAGUUAGAAAUCACAACUUAAAUAGCAGAUAGCAUAUUUCAGCAUAUUUAUGAGGUUUGCAAGGCUGAUAAGUUAAAACUUGAAAGCCUUAUUAUUAAUGGAUAAUUAAGCGUUGACAUGGAGUUUUUUCAUUUUAUUUUUAAAUCUGUAGAAACCUUGACUCUCUUGAAAAUAUAAAAAGUGAUUUAUUUAAAAUAAAAUGACGCCAAUAACCUAUUGUAACAAAUAUACAAAAAGCCUAUAUAAGGGAGUGUAAUUGAUCUUAACAUAAUCGAACAUGAAGACACUUACUUUUUAUAUUACAAUUUAAUUUUUAAUGAGAUGUUUGGAUUCACUAAUUUAGUUUUAAGAGAUCCUCAAAGUUUUGCAAAUUUGCAAUUAAGUUAUUCCAUAUUUAAAAUCAGAUACUUAAAGUUGGAUAUGGGAAUCAACUACAACUCAAAUGUCCAAUUAGAUAAUGAUGCCUUGACUUUAAUUUCGUCGAAGAUGAUUUACAGUGAAGAUAGCAUAUUGGAAGAACUGGUUUUAAUGAAUUGUGAUUUGAGAGUCCCUGCAAUUAAAGCUAUAGUCAGUCCUGCUGAAAAGUUAAGGGACAGAAUCAGUUACUCUAGUAGAUAAAAAUCCUUUUAUAUGAGCAUCAAAAGAAUUUGCAUUCUGUUUUCUUUUCACAUCGGUCAAGAAGGGAUGGACAUACUGUUCAAUAAUCUAAUUUAUUUCGAAUAUGUCAAUAUUGAAAGAAUUGAAUUACAAGCAAUAGAGUUGGAUGACAAAAUCGUAAUUGAUAUGAUUAAACAUGCGACAGAUUGGUUACAUUUUUAGAAGAGGAACCAAAGACAAUUUGGUAAGAUAUUCCCGAUUCGGUAUUUGGAUAUAGGAAAAAAUGAAUUAUUCUAAGAUAAAGCAGUGUGGUAGAAAUUUCUAAGAACCUUUGUUUUCACUGAUAAAACACCUUAUUUAGAAAUAUUGAAUCUACAUAUGAUGGCAUUGAAUGAUUCAAUAGCCACUCACAUUGGUCAUAAUGCAUAGAAAUUUUUGAAUUCAAAAGCACAACAAUAUCGUUUUCCCUUGAAAAGAUUGAAUUUCUCAAAAAAUAACUUUUUAACAGAGAUUGGAUGGGAGAAUAUAUUUAAUAAUUUUAUCUUCCACCCAAAAGUCUAUUUGAUUGAAUUGAAUUUGACUAGUACGUAAUUAGAUACAGAUGAAAAAUUAAAUAAAAUUUUAUUGGCAGCAUAAAAAAGAGCUUAAUUAUCAAAAAAUAAGAAGCUGCCUUUGUAUACAUUCUUAUGUUAUAAUGUAACAUUAAAGGAUUAAAUUGCUGAAUACAUUUCCCCAAAGCCUAGUCAAUAUAAACCCCCUGAUGAUUUACCUAUAAAAAUAGAUUAUAAGGGAUGCAGAUUAGGUAUCUUUGAUGAAAUCCCAAUUCACUUGGGAGAUCAAGUGGAAAUUUUAAAUUAAUUAAUAUAUAACAGGAAUGAAUUGAUAAUCCCGAAUCGAUUAGACUUUUGUGAAUGCUUCAAGUUUUCAAAGUUUCAUUUAAAUUUUAUAGAACAUUACUUAAAAAUAAUAAAUCAACUUCUAGGUGAAGACUAAAAUUCAAUUGAACUCACCUUGAAUUUAGCCACUCUGAAUAGCUUUUCUAAUUUAUUUAGAUAUACAACCGAGAAACCAGCCAAACCAUUUCCAUACUUUAUGCUCUUUUAAAGAGAAGCCUACAUUUUUUUAAGCAAAUCCAUAAAUAAAAUAAAGAACAUCAACUUAAUAAAAGCAGAAUCACAAUCCUUAGAAGAAUUACAUUAAUUUGAUGUAUUAUAGAUUUGGGAGAAUAUUAAAUAUUACAAAUGCAAUGUAGAUUAGAUUUUAAUGGAAUACACUUUGAAUGAUGAUUUGGUUGAGAGGAUGCUUUAAAAAGGUUACACUGAGAGAGAUGUGAUUUCCCUCUGUAGGUUGAUCCCACCAUCGAAUGUUAGAAUACAAGGCACAUUAAGCAUUUAGGCAAUAAAAGGGUUGUAUUCGAUCCUAUAUGACACGUAUUACUUUCAAUAUUCAGUUAUUGAUUACAAAUUCGAUAAUUUCUUAAAUAUUGGCAUAGGAUAUGGGUUAAGAGAAACAGCAUAUAGAAAAGUUGAAGGCAGUUCAUGGUCAAACCUUUAUAGAAUGAUUCAAUAUAACUUCUAUGAUAUUUUCGUCAAGCCAACUCAAAAGUAUGUAUUUGAUGAAUAAGUGGUUGCAUUAAAUCAAUAUUUGUCAAAACAGAAAUUAAAUUUAUUGCUACUAGUAUUUACUAACUUUCUCUUCUUUGCUGCAGCAAUUGUAGCUCCUUUUUUCCUGAUUGAAUUUGCAACCAAAGAAAACGAAUAGCAAUGCCAAGUAACUACAAGUUACUAGUAGUAUUAUUAUUAUGCAGCAUUUGCAUUUAUCUCAGCAUUGAUAGAAGGGUAUCUUUAUUUUUCGAUCUGUGAAAUCAUACCUGAAUACAUAACGUAGAUGGAACAUGCUCUGCAAUUCAAUGAGUCAGAAAUCAAAAUAACCCAAUAUAAGCAAUCAAAUAUUACACUUGAAAGCAAUAGGGCCAAUCUGACUGAUGACAAGAUGGCUAACUCGUAAUUCAAAUACAGAUACAGACAAAAGAUAGAAAAGUCAUAUAAAUCCUUUUUAUCAAAAAUCAAUAGAGUGGGCAAAUCUAAAUUUGUUACUUAAAUUAAUAGGAUCAUUCAAUUUUCAAUGUCUUAAUUAUUUAAGUUUGAUCUCUUUGGUGAUGUAACCUUCAUUUUAGUUCUAUAGAAUUGCAAUUACAAUGAAUUAUUUUAUUUGACUUGCAUCAUCACUGGAUUUACAUAAGGAAUCAAUUUUAUUUAUUUUCUCUACUUAAUCACUAAAGGACUUUUCUAAUCUAGUAAGUCAAUCCAAUAAUUAUCAUCCCAAUUCAUUAACGAGUUCUAUUCCAUUGGAUUCCUAGGAAGAAAUUCUGCUCUAUCUAAUUUAUUAGAUUCCAUUGCUCCUUAUAAUGUGUCAGUCAUCCCCAAUAAUAAAUUAACCAGGGCCAUCUUACCAAAUUAAGCAGGAAAAUCAAUGAGCAACCUAGUUAAAGGCUACUUCUUUUAGUUUAUUUUUGAAGAUUUGCCUCAAAUAGUGAUACAGACAUAUUUUACUGUGAACCAAGCUUGGAAGUAAGAAGGGGAAUUGGAAUUCCUAACAUAUCUAAGAAUUGCCAUCUCCUUAUUAACAGUUGUAACCUCUUUUAUAAGAUUUAUGUCCAUAAGACCAACAAUUUUAGUGUAAGAUGAUUUUGAUAAAUUAAGUGAUAGAAAGAAAUUUAAUUAUAAAAAUAUAAGAAAAGAAUUAUUACAAAAUGAAAAAAAAUAGCUAGCAAUUUAUUCAGAGUUCAGUUCCCAUCCUUCAAAUGAACAAUAUGAACGUAAUGCAGAUGAAACUCAUCCCUUAAAUUUAUAGUAAUCAUAUUAAAUUCCCUGA